AUGGCGGACGUUGAAAGGGGCGCACCGCACACGGGGCCCGCGUCCACGCCGAGCCUCGCUGCGACGCCGCCCCCUCGCGGUCCCGCUGGGAGCGCGCCGAGCAAGAGGCCGGCCGUGGCCUUCCAGAUUGGGCAGCAGAGGAAGCUGCAUGAGAUGGAGGCCCAAGCCGAGGUCCUAGGGUCGGAGGGGCUCUCGCCGGACGACCUCUCAGCCCACACAGUGGCCGUCAAAGAGCAGAUCAAAACCGAGGAGCUCUUAGUCAUGCCUCCGGGGCUCAUACACCCCUACAACAGGAUCUACCGCGCCUGGUGGUGGGUCGUCAUCGGCGCCGCCGUGGUGACCGGCUGGCUGGAGCCCUACCAGAUCGCGUUCCUGUCACCCACGCCCGUCCCCGUGGGCGGCGUCACCGUGCUGCAGUACGUACUGCUGGCGGUGUUUGCGGCCGACAUGGUGACGUCAUGCUUCGUAGGGUACUACGACAACGUGCGCGGGGGGGGGGGGUGUUAG